CAACAUAAGGUAUCACAAGCCUGGGCUGUGAAUCUUAUUUGAGCUCCACGAAUAGCCCAAUAAGCAGCAUAAUGAUUGGCGAGCCCCCGUGCGACUCCUCUCUUUCGGGCUUGGGGGAGGUAAAGAAGGCGGAGGAGGAGGUGUGAGUCAAGUGGAUCUCGGCUGCCUCAUCCUUGUUUGAUGAUGAUCGCUGCCGUGUUUCUGGUCCUCCUCAGGCCGCUUAGUGUUCAGUGCGCGCUGCUGUUGUUGUUGCUUUUACUCGGGACCGUUGCCACUAUUUUGUUUUUUUGCAGCUGGCAACGUAACGUUGCCCGCGGGAAGCAGCCUGUCAAAUCAGUGCUGUCAGGGCGCUCGAAGAGCCGCGUGGGCCUCCGAACGCAUCAUUUUCGGUCAGAGGGCUUCAGACACAGUCCACGUCACUCAAGGAGAAGCUCACAUGCUCGCAUAUUGGAGGAAAAGUCCAAUCUGGUCGAGGUCCCCAGAAAUGAACCUGAUUCUCCAUCGAUUCUCAGGAAGCGCAAAGUGAAGAAACGUGUCCUACCGGAGUUUUAUCAGUCUGUGCAAGUCACCCCGACACGCAAAAUAAGCUCCUGUUCGGGGAACCCUUCCCUCCACUGCUCCAUGUCUUCCUCCGCGGAUUUAUCCGAGGAGGAAGAUUACAGCGUCAAAUCUGGGUCGGCAUCACCGGCACCUGGCGACACUCUGCCAUGGAACCUGCCCAGACACGAAAGGUCCAAGAGGAAGAUCCAGGGAGGAUCCGUGCUUGAUCCGGCUGAGAGAGCAGUGCUCAGAAUCGCAGAUGAAAGAGACAGAGUUCAAAAGAAGACAUUCACAAAAUGGAUAAACCAACAUUUGAUGAAGGUACGGAAGCAUAUAAAUGACCUGUAUGAAGACUUAAGAGAUGGACAUAACUUGAUAUCGUUGCUGGAGGUCUUGUCCGGAGACAAACUGCCUCGAGAAAGAGGAAGGAUGCGCUUCCAUAGGCUCCAGAAUGUGCAAAUAGCGCUGGAUUAUUUAAAGAGACGGCAGGUCAAACUUGUCAAUAUCAGGAAUGAUGACAUCACAGAUGGCAAUCCCAAACUUACCCUGGGAUUGAUCUGGACCAUAAUACUGCACUUUCAGAUCUCAGAGAUUCACGUCACAGGCGAGUCCCAGGACAUGACAGCCAAAGACAGGUUGCUGCUCUGGUCCAAGCAGAUAACUGAGGGCUAUGUCGGUGUUAGAUGUGACAAUUUUACAACAUCCUGGAGGGAUGGGAGGCUUUUCAAUGCCAUUAUUCAUAAAUACAGACCUGACUUAGUUGACAUGAGCCGGGUGUCUACCCAGACCAACCGAUCCAAUUUAGAGAACGCGUUCGGUGUGGCUGAGCAACUAGGGGUGGCCAGACUGCUAGACCCAGAAGACGUCGAUGUUCAGUCUCCUGAUGAAAAGUCCGUUAUUACGUACGUCUCAACGCUGUAUGAUGCCUUCCCUAGAGUACCGGAGAACGGAGAUGGUAUUAGUCCCAAUGAAAUUGACAUCAAAUGGGUGGAGUACCAGAACAUGAUCAAAUACCUCAGUCAGUGGAUCAAGCACAAUGUUACUGUAAUGAACGAUAGAUCAUUCCCCAACAAUCCUGCGGAACUAAAGGCACUUUACACGCAAUACCUGCAAUUUAAAGAACACGAGAUUCCACUGAAGGAAAAUGAGAAGACAAAAAUAAAAAAUUUCUAUAAAAUGCUAGAGGUAUGGAUCGAGUUCGGACGCAUACAUUUACCACCAGGUCAUCACCCAAAUGAUGUAGAAAAGGAGUGGGGAAAAUUAAUUGUUGCCAUGCUGGAAAGAGAAAAGAGCCUGAGGCCCGAGGUGGAACGGCUUGAGACGCUGCAGCAAAUUGCCAACAGGGUCCAGCGAGACUGUGUUCAUGGCGAGGACAAGUUGGCGGUGGCAAGAAAUUCCCUGAAAUCGGAUGUUAAACGUCUCGAAUCUGGGAUCCAAUUCCUAAAUGAAGCCGAAAUCGCUGGCUACCUUUUGGAAUGUGAGAACAUACUGAGACAGCAAGUAGUGGACAUCCAAGUACUUCUUGAUGGAAAAUUUCCAUUCACAGAUCAACUAGUUCGAAGGGUUUCAAACCUACGAGAUGAUCUUCUAUUCCUGAGAGCGGAAUGUGCCAAUUUGUACAGCAAGGGUCGCACCCUAACGACCGAGCAGACCAAAAUGAUGAUCUCGGGCAUUACACAGAGCUUGAAUUCUGGCUUGUCCCAGAACAUCAGCCUGAAUCCGGCCUUUCCUCCUGUACCCAGCCAAGGAGGGUUCAAUUCUUCCACAUUCACCUCUAGCCUUACACCGUCUUUGACUCCUGGGCUGCAGUCUGCUUCAGAGCAAACUUACAUGAGCAGUGCUAGUAGCAUGGAGCCAGACAGCCUCAGGCAUAUGACACAAAUGCACAUCCCCAAGCCCUUAAUGAAGUCUUCAUUGGCUGACCCCAGCUUGACAGAAGAAGAGGUGAACAUGAAAUAUGUUGAAGACCUUUUGAAGUGGGUGGCUGACAUGCAGUUGCAGUUGGACCGCGCAGAGUGGGGAUCUGACAUGCCAAGUGUUGCAACUCAUUUAGAUAACCACAAAUCAGUACAUAGAGCCAUAGAAGAAUUUGAAAUGAGUCUGAAAGAGGCAAAACUGAGUGAGAUUCAGAUCAAUCUACCUUUGAAGCUAACCUAUUCAGAAAAAAUAAGCAGUUUAGAGAAGCAGUACGAAAAACUAUUGAGUUGUUCAAAGGAGCGACAAAGCCACCUGCAGAGCCUGCACGACUUUGUGUCGCAGGCAACAAGUGAGCUCAUCUGGCUCAACGAGAAAGAGGAAGAGGAGGUCGCCUUUGACUGGAGCGAUCGCAACAGCAACGUAUCCAAGAAAAGAGACUAUCAUGCUGAUCUGAUGAAGGAGCUGGAUGAAAAGGAGGGAGUAAUCAAGUCUGUGCAGGAUUUUGCAGAACGUCUGCUUUUUAGGAGCCACCCAGCCAAGUUAACUAUUGAAGCAUACAGAGCUGCCAUGCAGACGCAAUGGAGUUGGAUCUUGCAGCUGUGCUCAUGCGUGGAACAGCACCUCAAAGAAAACGCUGUUUAUUUUGAGUUUUUCAGCGAUGCCAAAGAAUCCAUGGAUUUCCUUAGGGGCUUGCAAGACGCUAUUCAGAGAAAGUACAGGUGCGACCGAACUAGUAGCUUGCACAGACUGGAAGAUCUCAUUCAGGAAUCCAUGGAAGAAAAAGAGCAGCUUCUUCAAUACCGUAAUGCUGUAGCUGGGUUGAUGGGUCGGGCCAAGAAUAUUGUGCAGCUCAAGCCUAGGAACCCUGACAGCCCUCGUAGAGCUUCCAUCCCUGUCAAAGCGAUCUGUGAUUAUCGACAAAUCGAGAUAACCAUUUAUAAAGACGAUGAGUGCGUGCUGGCCAACAACACUCAUCGGGCCAAGUGGAAGGUCAUCAACCCUGCAGGCAAUGAGGCCAUGGUGCCUUCUGUCUGUUUCACUGUGCCCCCACCCAACAAAGAGGCUGUAGAUAUGGCUUCAAAAACGGAGCAAUUAUACCAGAAUGUUCUUUCGCUAUGGCAUCACUCCCAUAUCAACAUGAAAAGUGUGGUGUCUUGGCACUGCCUCAUGGCUGAUAUACGCACCAUCCGCCACUGGAAUGUAGCAUCUUUUAAAACAAUGCUACCAGGUGAGCAUCAGCAAGUUUUGAGCAACCUUCAGUCUCAUUUUGAUGAGUUCCUAGAAGACUGUGAAGAGUCUGAAGUGUUUACCGUGGCAGACUGUGCUCAGUUAGAGAGAGAUGUCGCGGGCUGCAAAGAAUACUAUCAAGAACUUCUCAAAUCUGCAGAAAGAGAGGAACAUGAGGAAUCUUUGUACAAUCGUUACAUCUCAGAAAUACGCAACUUCCGCAUGCAUCUGGAAGCCCAUGAAGAACACCUGAUCAGGCAAAUCCGCACCCCACUGGACAGAGACGACGUUUACCAGAGUCUGCAGCGCAUUAAUGACCAAGAGAGGAAAAUGGCAGAGCUGGUUAAAUUCAAAGAAGACCUGGAUGCAAUGAAGGACAAAUGUGAGGUGUUCCUUGCACAAGCUUCUGGCUUGCCAUCAGCACCGACUCUCUCUUCCGAACUCGGCAUUGUGGUUCAAAGCAUGAGCCAAGUGCAAUCCAUGUCUUCUAUUUACAUGGACAAACUGAAGACCAUGAGUUUGGUAGUGAAGCAUAGCCAGAGUGCAGAGGCGUUAGUGAAGACCUAUGAAUCCAAACUCUAUGAGGAAGAUGUUGUGAACUCUGACCUCCAGUCUAUUGAAACGGUCAUCUCCACCCUCAAACAAUGGCGGACAGAGAUUGAUGAAAAGCAGGAAGUAUUCCACAACAUGGAGGACGAACUGCAGAAAGCACGACUCAUCAGUGAUCGCAUGCUUAAGGCCCAUAACGAGCGUGACUUUGAGUUGGACUGGCAUAAAGAGAAGGUCGAUCAACUGAAUGAGAGAUGGCGCAAUAUUCACUCCCAAAUUGAUACCAGGCUGAGGGACCUGGAUGGUAACAGCAAAUCUCUGAAGCUUUACAAAGACUCCUAUAGUAGUCUUGACGAAUGGGUUCGAGAAGUUCAGGCAGAACAGAUGAAGGCCCAAGAAAAUAAACUGGAAGAUGGCAAAGCUCUCACAGAAGUGUUGAACAAACAGAAGGUGCUUGUUGCUGAAAUUGAACAAAAGCAGAGCCAGAUUGAUGAAUGUCAGAAGUACUCUGAACAGUGCUCAUCUGCCAUUAAGGAUUAUGAGCUUCAGUUGAUGACCUUCAGAGCGAUGGUGGAUUCCCAACACAAAUCUCCGCUCAAGAAACGCAAAAUGCAGAGCUCCUCUGAUGCCAUCCAGCAGGAGUUCAUGGAUCUUCGAACCCGCUAUACGGCCCUUGUGACCCUCAUGACACAGUAUGUGAAGUUUGCAAGUGAAACCCUGAAGAGAACAGAAGAUGAGGAGAGAUCAGUGGAUGAAGAGAAGCGAGAGCAUGGUGAUAAAGUUAGCAAACUCUUAGAUUGGAUGUCUAAUGUGAAAAAGAAUGUAAGCAAUGAGGGAAAUGCUUUGAAAGAUAGUAAUGCCAACACAGAUUCUUCAAAUAACUCCCAGGUCUCUUUGGAGGAAAUGGUAACUAAGAAAGAGCAGGUUGCAGAAGCGAUUAGGGCCACAGAAAUUAUGCUGAGCAAACACGGAGAAAAAAUGUCAGAGGAGGAGAGAGAAAAAGUCCAGGAACAAUUGGAGAACCUCAACAAGGCUUACAAUGACCUGUCCCAGCAUUGUUUGAAUAAGCCUGCACUUGAAAAGGAGGAUAUGAAAUCUAUCAUUGGCAAUGGCUGUAUUUGGACCCAAGCAUUUGACGGCCUGAGUCAUGACAAAAUAAGCCUUCUCCUUCCGACUUCAGACCUGUCUGAGCCUGAGUCUCAUCUUAUUUGGGAUGAUGUUCUCAAACAACAUGCUCCUCACAAAUCUACAACUGGAAAUCAGUUACUGGAGUAUAACCUGGAGAGCAAGUGCAUAGACGGUUCACAUGUGACCUCUGUAUCCAUCUGCGAUGUAGCAACAGCAGUAAGGGAAGCCUCCAUGUUGGAAGACCUUGUUGUGAAAAUAAUAGAGUUCAACCAAGUCAGUGAUGGACUGAAUGUGGUCUAUUCAGGAGAUACAGUGACCCUAGAGAUGGCAUUUCAGGAAGGGUUGAUUCCUGCUUCUGUUUAUCUUAAAAUUCUUCAACGACAAAAGACUUGCCAGAAAAUGAUGCAUGACCCUUCUAUUGCAAAUGAGUCCCAUUUAGAAGACAUGCAGGUUAAUAGACUGAUUUUGAAAUGCGUACGCAGCAAUAGAUCGCAGACAGAUAGGAUUGUUCACACCUUGACAUCUGUCUGUGAUCGGGACAGAAUAGCAAAUCUCAAUCCCAAUGAGGUGAAUGUCGCUGACCAAGCAACGGAGGAUUUAAAUUCAACCCAAGAAGCUUAUUUGUCCACUGGGAACAGUGGCGAAAGAAUAACGGUGGAUGCUAUGGUUCAGUGUGAUUUAAUGAGCUUUAGUAGUACACUAAUUGUACUUGGGACCAGGCAUCAGUUCAUUGGCCUUGUGUUGCCUAGGCCGAAAGAAUCCCAAUUUUGUGCCACAUCAUCAAAGUCCUAUGAGAAAUCCAUCAGUGAUGUACUUGACAGCAGUCCGUUUAGCAAACGUGGGGAAAUUUCAGCUUUUUACAUUCCAGAAAAUACUGAGGUUAUGGACGUCAAUUCUGCUGUACAAAAUGGCUACAUUGAUGUCUACAUGGCAUAUGUCUUAAAAUCCAUCGAAAUCCCUGAAAAGGUUCUCAAUGUUGAUUGCCUUAAUGAAAGGUUUUCAUCGUGGCUCAUGUGUAGAAAACUGAGAAUUAAUGGACGUUGCCAUGCCGAAGAUCUUUUUACUUCUUCGGAGACAAAGCAGCUCUUUGUAUCUUAUUUAAUGCUCAACAGUUACAUCGACUUAAAGUCUCAGCACAGGGUUUUAAUACUUGACAAGAAGUUAACUAAGAUGGUACAGUUUUUUCUUGAAGAUUCAGUAUUUUUGGAAAAUCUACAACACAGUAUGGAGCCUUGGGCUGUGAAUGUUUCAGAGCAAAGUGACCUAGAUGUACCCUCCAUAAGUGAGAACUCAGAUGUGAAAGACGCAAACACAAGCAAUGAAAGGUUUGAUGAUAGUUUAUAUAUUGAGGAUCCAGAUGAUGCUUAUGAUAGUUGCACCAGUCCUACUUCCCAAGAGAUUCCUGUGUUACCUGCUUUUGUGAAUAAACAAAAUGCCAACUCACCACGUGGGUGUUCAGAUAAUAGCACCCUUCAACAUGUGACACAAUCUAUUGUGGAGUCAUCGUGCAGUGGGUCGGGGAUAAUCAAUAAUAUUUCACAUGAGAAUGUGUUGAAAGACAGAUCACAUGACAAUGAUGCUGUACAGUUGGAAGAAAAUAAAUUUAAAGAAAAGGACAUUGUGGAUGACACAUUUUUGUAUGGCGUAAAAGAGAUGACUGAAGAGACCGUUUUAAAGUUGUUUGCUAACCAAAUUGAAAAAGAGGAGGACACCAUGUUUCCAGAGAGAAAGUGCAGCCAGCCCCCAGCUGAUGACAAACAUAACUCUAAUUAUUCAAAGGAAGCCCAAAAAACACAUGAUCUUUCCAACAGGAAGUCUGCUUCACAACUAAACAAUGAAAAUAGACUAUUAGUUGUAGAGGAAGAGGAGGAAUUUGCUCCAAUGUGUCUUCUUCACUUGGAUAACUUUACUCCACCAGCUGAUGUCACCAGCUCAACUAAUGGGAUCAACAUCUCAUCGGAUUACAAGCAAGGUGACAACAAUGAAACUGCUCAAUUUGGCCACUCAGGUCUUCUCAUUCCAUGCAGCAAUAUUGCACUAGAGAGUCACAGUUUGUCUUCCACUGUCGGUCAUCAUAAGUUUUGUUACACCUUGGACGAAUCAUCACGUUUUGUGGCCCCUUCUGCUGAAGGUGUUCUGGAUGAAGUGGGAUCAUCAUUAUGUGUUGAAGGAGUCAAAGGUUUUGAUGCACAAGGUAACCCUGUCCAUAAUGAAGAUAGCAACAAAUUCCAGCAAGUUUUGCUUCCUUCAGAGAGUGGUUAUAAUUUAAAAUCUAAAUUCAGCAACUCUUUGCUUUGUGGAGACGUUCCACAAAUAUUCAACUCAUCAUCUCCUACAUCUAUUGUGGUUGAUGAAUCUAUACCAACAAAUCAUUAUAACCAUGAAAGCUGUGAAAUAGAUGCCAAAAAUUGCUCGCCAGCAGCAUCUGCCAAUUUUCAUCUGGAUCAAACACCGAUUGGUUCGAGGUGCAGUCUAGUUCCCGCAAAAGAAACAAGUGAUAAUAAGGAGAACUCUUGCAUAUCAAGAGAGAUGCAGCCAGGAGAGACAUAUCAGCAGGAUGUAACAAUGGUUGAAUCAGUUUCAAGCCCAACCACUUUACCAAACGCCACCGAAAAUUCUUAUAUCAAAGUGAAAGGCCAUGCCGUUUCAGAAAAAAAUGGAAUGGAUGUAGAUGGACAUACUCAAGUCAUUCCUGAUUUCCUGUCACUCAACACUGCUCCAUCAUUGAUUUCAAACUCUAUAUUGCCAAAUGUUAAACACAACAAAGAAGGGAUGACUGAAGCUUUUAUUGGGAAUGAGAGUGAAAGAGCUUCUGAUACAAGUCAGUCUCCGCUAUCAUUGGACAACUGUUUAUCUACUGAGUGUGACACUACAUGUCUGCUCGUAGAGUCUGAAAUUAUUAAUUCAGUCAGGAAAGAUGUACCCAGUAUGAACGAAAAUGAGACAGAAAUUCAUGAAAAACAAUCUAGCAAUCUAAAACUCCACGAUCAAGAGGUGUAUGAUACUCCACCGAGAAAAGAGAAAAAUGAGUCAUUUGCCACAACUGGAAAACGUCAAGCUAAAUGUGAUGCGCUUACCAGAGAGGUUCUGAUUUCUGAUUCCCCAGGUACAAACAAUGAAAAGAAAAUUAAUAAAGAUUUGGAGUCAUCCGAAGUCGUAACUGGAAAUAUUCAAGAGGAGUCUUCUAUCCAAAGUAGAGAUGAAAAGAAAGUUUAUGCUUCAAAGGACGCUGUUCAAGUGAAGUCUGAUAACCCAAAUCUAAGAGAUGAAGACGGGUAUGAUGCCACACCUUCAAAAGAUGAAGAGAACUCCUUUCCUCCAAAUGGAAAAGGUGAGGUGUAUUGUGGCACUGUGCCUAGAGUUGAUGAAAAAGAAUAUAAUGUUUCAAGUGGAAAAGUUGAGAAGUUCAGUGCUUCAACUGUAGCAGAUGAAGACUGGUCUGAUGCCCUAACUAGAACUCUCUCACGGGAGGCUUAUAUUCCAAGCAGAGAUGAAGUGAACAUAUCUGUUCUAACUGGAAAUAUUGAAGUGGAGUCAGACAACCUAAAAGGAAGAGAUGAACAGAAGUAUAAUGCUGCACCCCUAAAAGAUGAGAACUCUUUUUCUGCAAAUGGACAUAAUAGAAAUUAUUCUGUUGGCACAACUACAGAUGAAGAAGAGUGGUCUUGCACCCCACUUCCAAUACAGGAGGACACUGAUGCUCUAAAAGUAGAAGUUGAAGGGGGUACUGGUUUUCAAACUAAAAAAGAAAAGGGACAUAUUGAUCGAUAUAGAAAAGAUGACAAUAAAUCUUCGGAAUCAUUUAAAAAAGACGAAAAUGGGUCUUAUUUCUUCACUCAAAACAUGAACGAGGAAUACUCUACACAAACUAUAAAUGUUAUAGAAGACUCCAGUGCUCCUCUUAAAAAAGAUGAGGAUGAGUCUCACAACAAAAUUGAAAAAGUCGAAGAUUUACCUGACAUACCAACAAAAAGGGAUAAAAACUAUUGUGAUGCCACACCUGUAAAGGAUGAAGAAAGAUCUGGUAGCUUAGCUAGCAAUGUGGCUUUGGAGUUUAUCAAUUUAUUUGAGAAACAUGCAUGUUUGGACACAACUGAAACAGUCCACCAAGUGGGAAACGCUCAUGAAAUUAAUAAAAUCCAGCCAUGUUCUCUAACGGGAAAAGAUAAUGUGAUUGAUCAGUAUGAUUCACAACUUGAAAAAGAGGUUUUCAUUUCUACAGUUGGAGGAAAGGAGGAUUUGUCUAAUGCUACAACUGGAAAGGAUGCGACACACAGGCUCAGUAUCCCAGCUAUAACUGUUGAAAAUCACCUCAACAGCCCACAAGAAAAAGAUGAAAUAAGAUCUCAUACCUCACACAUUACAAAUGAAUAUUCAUCAAAUGACCCAACCAGGUCAGAUGUAAACAACUCUCAUGACCCAUGUAGAAAAGAUGGAGACAACUCUUUCGAUUCAGUUAGAACACCAGGAUUUGGGUCUGAAUUUCUAACUACAACUGAGAAAGAUGAGUCAUGUGUCUCAAAUAUAAAAAAGGAAAUUUGCUCUAGUGCUCGAACUUUACACGAUGGCGGGUGCUCUGUUGCCCCACCUAGCAAAGAGGAAGAGAGCUUCGAUCCCUUGCUUGGAGAAGAGUCUAAUGAUCCAACUGGAAAGACAAAAUGGGGAAAAGAGUGUGAUCUCCAAACUAGACGUGAAGACUCAACUGCCCCAUCUUCAAAUGAAAUUGAUGAGGAGUUUGAUGCCCAACCUAUAAAAUAUGAACUUCACUUGGCCUCGAUGACAAAAGAUGAAGAGGGAUUUAAUGACAAAAAUAUAAACUUUAAAAUGUCUAACUGUCAGACUGGAACAGAUGAUUUUGAUACGGAAACCAGAAAAGAAAAUCAUACCAACGCUUCAGCAAGAAAUGUUCAUGAAAAGUCAGACCCCACAAUGAAAAAAGUUAUAGAUGAUUCUGAUUCUCCAUUAGGAAGUGACAUAAAACUGUCUAAUGCCUUACUGAUGAAAGAUGAAUAUGAGUCAUAUGAUGCCCCACCUCGAAAAGAUGAAGAAAAUGAUGUUGCUUUGACCAGCAAAUUUGAAAUCGGAUCUAAUGACUUAACCUUAGUUGAAAAUGAAGUGAAGUCUGUUCUCUCAACUUCAUAUGACAAAAGUGAAUCUCCUGCACAAUUUAGAAAACUAAAAGACUCAGUUGCUCCAAUCAGACUAGAUGAGAAGUCUGAUAUCCAACCUGUAUCAUAUAAAGAACAACCUCAAGCCACAACCGAAAAUGCUGAAGAGGGGUCUCAUUCUUUAACUGGAAACAUUUUCAAUGAGUCAUAUCCUCCAACUCACAGAGAAUAUGACUCUGAUUUACCACCUUCAAAAGACGAUAAGGAUUCUCCAGCUCAAACCAGAACACUGAAAGAGGAUUCUCAUGAAGCUGGUCCUGAUAAGUCACAUACAAAAGAUCAAAAGAACUACUUUAUGGUAACUGGAAAAGAUCAGGAGUUAGAUGCCCAACCUGAAAAGGCCAGUGAUCCCUCGCAUCUAAAAGAUGAAGCAGAAUAUCAUGACGCAACUAAAAGAGUUCAAGAGAGUGAAAACCUAACCGCAAAGGAUGAAUUGCUGUCUCAUACCUCACUUAGAAAAUAUAACAACGAUUACGAUGAUAAAAUGAAAAAGGAUGAAGUAGAGAAUGAUGCCCCAGCUGGAAUGGGUAAAAAGUGGGGUGAUAUGUCAAUUUUAAAAGAUGAACAAAAGUCUGAAAUAACAUCUAUUAACAUUGAAGAGCAGUCCAGUUCCCUGUCCAGAAGAAAUGACCAAGAAUCUGAAAAAGCGGAAGAAAGCUCAGUUUCCCCACGUAGAAAGGAUUUAGAUAAUUCAUUUGAUCCACAAGAAGAAGAAAAAGAGAAGUCAGUUUUAACAAUUAAGACACCUGAAAAAUAUGAAAGAGUCUCUGAUGCCCCAUUUCUAAAAGAUGUAGUUGAGUAUUCUAACACAACUCCAACAGUUCAAGAGUGUGACACCCUAACUAUAGGCAGUGAAUACUCGUCUACAUUAAAAAAAGACUCUUAUGCUCAAACUAAUAAGGAUGGACAAGACUCUGAUCCCCGAACAGAAAUAGAUGAAAAGAAUUCAAAUAUCUCACUAUCAAAAAAUGGAGAGGGCCCUGAAAUUCCAGCUGGCUGUACUCAAGAUUCCAGUACCCCGACAAGAAUAAAUAAACAAGAUACUGAAAAAGAUGACAGCGGUUAUGCCCCAUCUGACACAACUGAAAAGCUUCAAGGGUCUGAUUCUUCAACAGCCCAAAAUGAAGACUGGUCUCAUAUCACAUUAAGAAAAGACUCUGGAAACAAAAGUAGAACAGAGGAAGAUGAGCCUGAUGCCCUAACUGGAAGAAAUGAAAAGUGUUUAGAUGUCUCAGAAAGGCUUCAUAUGCCUUCUUUAUGUAUUAAUGUAGAGACCAAUACACCAACUCAGAGAAAUGAACAAAAGUCUGAAAGACACAAAGACAGUUCUGGAAUUCCAGCCGGAAGUGUUGACGAGUCCAGUACGCAAACUACAAUAAAUGAACAAGAAACUGGAAAAGAUGACAGCGCUUAUGCUCCAUCUGGAAACAUUCACCAAAAUCAUUCUACUCUAUGCGAGGAAGGUAAAGAGGGUGAUGUACUUAUAAAUUAUGAGAAUGGGUCUCAUUCUUCACUUCUACAAGCUAAAGCACUGUCCCCUGACACAACUGAAAAGGUUCAAGAGUCUGAUACCCCAAUUGCCCAAAAUGAAGACUGGUCUCACAUCACAUUAAGAACAGACUCUGGAAACCAAAAUAGAAUAGAGGAAGAUGAGUUUGAUGCCCCAACUGGAAUACAUGGAAAGAGUUUAGAUGUCUCGGAAAGGCCUGAUUUAAGUGUUGAAGUAGAGACCAGUACCCUUGCUAGUAGAAAUGAACAAGAGUCUGACAGACACAAGGACAGCUCUAUAUUUUCAGCUGGAAGUGUUGACGAGCCCAGUACCCCAACUACAAUAAAUGAACAAGAUACUGGAAGAGAUAACAGUGCUUAUGCACCAACUGGAAACAAUCCACAAACAUAUUCUACUCUUUGUGAGCAAGGUGAGGAGGGUAAUGUUCUAUUUGAAAAUGAUGAAACGGGGUCUCAUUCUUUACUUCUACAAGCUAAAGCACUGUCCCCUGACACAACUGAAAAGGUUCAAGAGUCUGAUAUCCCAACUGCCCAAAAUGAAGAAUGGUCUCACAUCACAUUAAGAACAGACUCUGAAAACCAAAGUAGAAUAGAGGAAGACGAGUCUGAUGCCCCAACUGGAAUAAAUGGAAAGGGUUUAGAUGUCUCACAAAGGCCUGAUUUAAGUGUUGAAGUAGAAACCAUUACCCCAGCUAAGAGAAAUGAGCAAGAGUCUGACAGACACAAAGACAGCUCUAUAUUUUCAGCUGGAAGUGUUGAAGACCCCAGUACCCCAACUACAAUAAAUGAAAAACAUACCGGAAUAUCUGGAAAUGAUCCACAAACAUAUUCUACUCUAUGUGAGGAAGGUAAAGAGGGUGAGGUACUACUUGUAAAUUAUGAAAAGGAAUCUCAUUCCUUACUUCUACAAGCUGAAGCACUGCCCCCUGACACAACUGAAAAGGUUCAAGAGUCUGAUACCCCAACUGCCCAAAAUGAGGGCUGUUCUUCUAUUACAUUAAGAAUGGACUCUGAAAACCAAAGUAGAAAAGAGGAAGAUGAGUCUAAGGCCCCACCUGUUAUAAAUGGAAAGGAUUCAGAUGUCUCAGAAAGGCUUUAUAUGCCUGCCCUAGGUGUUGAAGUAGAGACCAGUACCCCAGCUAGAAGAAAUGAAAAAGAGUCUGAAAGACACAAAGACAGCUCUUUAAUUCCAGCUGAAAGGUUUGAAGAACCCAGUAUCCCACCUACAAUAAAUGAAAAAGAUACCAGACAAGAUGACAGCUCUUUUACAGCAUCUGAAAAUGAUCAACAAAAAUAUUUUACCCCAUUCAAUGAAGGUAAAGAGGAUAAUAUUCUGCCUGUAAAAUAUGAAAAGGGGUCCCAUUCUUCACUUCUACAAGCUAAAGAGUUGUCCCCUGACACAACUGAAAAGGGCCAAGAGUCUGAGACCCAAACUUCCCAAAAUAUCACAUUAACAAAAGACCUUGAUUGCCAAGGUAGGAAACAGGAAGAGUCUGAUGCCCCAACUGUCUCAGAAGGGUCUGAUAUGCCAGUUUUAAGUGUUGAAGUAGGGACCACAAACCCAGGUAGAAGAAUGGAAAAAGAGUCUGAAAGAGACAAAGAUGGCUUUGAUAUCCUGACUGAAAACAUUGAACAAGGGUUUCAUAUUCCAAUUGGAAGUAAUGAAGAAGACUCUCAUUCCGCAACUAGAUUGAGCGAAAAGCUUUCUGAACAGGGGUCUAAUUCUUCACUCAUGAAGGUUGAAGAAGUUUGCAAUGCCCUAACGAAAAUAGUUGUUGAGAGGUGUAAAGAAGAUCACAAUAACUCUGCUGCGUCACCAGGAAUAUUUAAAAAUGACUCUUAUGCACGGCUUGAAAAGUACGAUCAGGGGUCUGAUGCAACCGUAAUAAAUUAUGAAGAGGAGCUGAAUAUCCUACCUGGAAGAGAUGAAGACCCUGCCUUACCUUUAAAUGACAAAGUGUUGUCUAAUGCCUCACCAAUGAAGUUUGACGAGGUUUGCAAUGAUCUAACUGGAAAAGUUGAUGAGAAGUCUGGAAGAGAUAACACUACUGCACUACUUGGAAUAGAUGAAAAUGGCUCUCAUGCACAACCUGAAACGUAUACUCAAGGGUUUGAUUCCUCAGUACUAAAUGAUGAAGAGGAGUUGAGUACCCUCACUGGAAGAUAUGAAAACUGUGUUUUAACUUUAAACAAUGAAAUGUCAUCUGAUGCACCACUUAUGAAAGAUGAGAAGUUUUCAACCAGGAAUGGAAGGGAAUCUCCUUGUAAAGAUAAUGCUUCCACACUACCUACAAAAGAAGAACAGAACUCAGAUCAUCCAAAAGAGGAAGGGGAGUCUGAUGCUCCUGCUAUCCAGUUGCAGAUUAUGCAGGUACUCAAAAGUGUUUCAUCUGGCCAAAACCUCUCGAUGCUCCAGGAAAUGAUGGCGAACCUUCAAACUAAUUUAAGAAGCGAAACUUACUCUCUGGAAUGCAUCAAGGAAGAGAGGGCAGAAGAUGAAUUGCUGGCAGAAAUGUCUUGUAAGCCUGCUACCAAAAUUGUAGAGGAGAUCAAGAAUUCGAUCUUCUCUACACAGGAUUACCUAGAGUGCAUUGGAAGACUCCAAGAUCAUGCGGAUGUUUUAGAUGAUCUCAGAAAAGAUCUUCUUAUUGGGGACCCAACUGGCAAUGGGGAACCAACUGGCAAAAGCAUGGAAGAAUUAAAGAUGCAAAUGGAUGAAAUUCAGUCCGUGGAGUCACAAGUGUCAUUACUGGCCAGUGUUCUGACUGAGGAUAUGGAAAAAGCCAAACAACUCUUAAAUACUUGUGACGAGAAUAUUCCCACACAAAUUAGUAAAGAUCUGUCUUCGAUAUAUGUGGAAUUAGAACAUAAUUUUUCUACAAUUUGCCAAGUGUGUGCAGAAAGGACAAAGUCGUUGUUUCAAGCAGUGGAAACAAGGAAGGCACAUUUGGAAUCGAUGUACCAGAAACAUCUUGCUGAUCUUGAUGUGUUAUCAGACCUUAUCCAAAAUGAGUUAAAUAUGAAAGAUGCAGAUUUCAACAUGUGUGAUGCUGAAGCACUGAAAAGAUGCAUACAAAAAAUCAAGGACACUGAGAGUUCUCUGCAUCAGGAAGUCAAACUUAAAUUAGAGGAUGUCACAUUUGCUAUCCAGAUUUUUGUAUCCGAGCAUGCUCACUUGUUGAGCCCAGCUCAGAGCAGUUGCCUUCUUAAGUAUCUCAGCAGCACUCAGAGAGCCUACAGGGACCAGACGGGCAAACUUUUAGCGCUGAGGUGUACCUUAGACGUCCUACUGGACACCAAGGAAAGGGAAUACCAGGAGAAGUCUAUUGUGGAAAGGCACCAAGCGAUUUCAGACAAGUUAGAAGAAAUGUGUGAUAGUCUCACUUUGACAGAGAACCGUCUGAUUGGUCACCAACAGCAGGCUGACAAUACAGAGUGUGUCACAGACCUGCAGCAGUACCAGCAGGAGCAUCAGGCCUUGCAAAAAGAUGUCUUGACAAACGCCACUGCUUUGAAUGAGGUCAUCUCCAGCACUAAAAAGUUUCUGGAAGAAAAUCAGGGCAAGCUGUCAGCGGACCAAAUAGCGGAUAUUGAGACAAAAUUGGAAGAAGCGAAUGGCAAGGCCAAGCUUAUCCAAAAGCAAGCUGAAGAAUCCAGGAAGGACUUGGAGAAGGUUGUUACUACCGCUAUAAAACAUGAGAGUGAAAAGGCUGCAGCUGUUGAACGUCUUGAGGAAAGCAAGAAUAAAAUAGAAGGUCUACUAGAGUGGGUCUCCAAAAUUGGAGAUAAAACUGAACGAUGUACUGAUGAGGCAGACUUCAUAAGCAAAGAGAAUGGAAAUCUGCCAGAGGAAACAUUAGACAAGCUACGGAAAGGAGAGAAGGACGACGCUAAUGGAAACACUUUGCAUCAAAGUGAAAGUGGUUUUGACGGGCAAAGUGAUGCCUGCAUGGACAUUGACAAGCAGUAUGAAAGAGUCAAGGCUCGUCACCAGGAGAUACUUUCCCAGCAGCAGGAUUUGAUCAUGGCCACCCAGUCAGCCCAAGCUCUUCUCGACAAGCAAGCCAAUGUUCUCUCUUCAGAAGAGAAAGAUAAACUACAGAAGAACAUCCUGGAACUGAAGGAACGUUACGAUGCUUCCCUCAACCAAGCUGAGCAGCAGAUGAAGCAGGUCCAAUGUGUUCAGGAGGAGUUGAAGAAGUUUCAAGAUGAUUGUGAAGAGUUUGAGGACUGGUUAGCGCAGGCUGAACGCGAGAUGGAGCAGUUAGCUGCCUCAGCGGGUUCCCUAAAAAUCCUCAAUGAUAAACUCCUCCGACAGAAGAGCUUCUCAGAGGAUGUCAUCUCUCACAAGGGCGACCUUCGUUUCAUCACUAUUUCGGGCCAGAAAGUUCUGGAUGUGGCCGAAGCAUGCGGAGUCGCUGACCCAAAGUCUAAAAAUGGCCUGAUGCAAGUUGAUACCUCAGGAACCUGUUCUGCUGUCAAGGAUAAACUGGGCUCUGCAGCCAGUCAAUACAAGACACUUCACACAAAGUGCAACCAGCUUGGCAACAACCUCAAAGAUAUUGUUGAAAAGUACAAGAAGUAUGAUGACUCCAGCACAGGCCUACUAAAGUGGCUUGAAAGCGCUGAGGAGGAGGCGAGGAAACAACAGUCCGAGGCAAUCGCUGCUGAGCCAAAAAAGCUGCAGAUACAGCUAGAAGACACCAAGGUUUUACAAGGUCAGAUGAGCGGACAUCAGACUGCUAUUGACACACUAUCCAAGGCAGCUGAUUCUUUGAUCACAUCUGAUGGAAACCUGUUGAGCAACUUAGACGAGAUCCAGGAGACAGUAGAUGACAUAGUGGAGCGAUAUGACAAUUUGUCCAAGGCUGUGAGCGAUCGCAAUGAGAAGCUGCAGAUCACCUUGACUCGCUCCAUGAGUGUCCAGGAUGGACUGGAUGAGAUGAUGAGGUGGAUGGAGGGAGUGGAGGCCAGUGUGAAAGAGAAUGGACAAAUUCCAUUGGACUCUGCGUCUCUAACAGACAUGCUAAGCAAAGAAACGGCUAUAGAGCAGGACAUCGCAAGUCGCCAGAGCAGCAUCGCAGCCAUGAAAUCGAAAGUGAAGAAGUUUUCGGAGACAGCCGACCCCUCCUCUGCGGCUCUCCUACAGUCCAAGAUGGACGCUCUCUCAAAACGGUUCUCAGACACCUGUGACAAGCAUAAGCAGAAAGUUGCACGCCUUGAAGAAAUUAAAGAUAAAGUGGAAGAGUUUGAGAAUGUUGCAGAAAAUGUACAGCAGUUUGUUGUGAAACGUUCGCAAGAUCUGUAUGAGACUGACGGGCCUGGGAAAACAUUUGAAGAACUCGCUCAGCUAACACAGAAUGCAAAAGCUGAGAUGGUUGAACAUUACGGUAAUGUGGAGAAGUUGCAGACCCUUUCCAAGGAGCUCUGUGAAAUGAGUAAAGAUGGUAACAGAGCACAGAUCCAGAGCAAGAUGGACAAUCUCGUAAACAUCUUCAGCACUUUCAAAGACACAGUCAAAGAAAAGGAUGAGGAGGUUUCAUCCUGUCAAGACUUGCUGGGAGAGUUCAGGGCUGCGGCCGGUCUUUUCAGCAAGUGGCUGGAGGAGACCAAUGAGAAGGUGCCUGUGGCGGAGAAAAGUUGCAAUGCUAAAAGUUUGGAGAAGGACUUCCAAAUAGUCACUGGUUUGCUGGAAGAAUGGACAUCGAAAGGUCCUGCUCUGCAGGACUUGAACACCAGAGGAGCUUCUCUAUGCAAUCGGAUUGCUAGUCUCACAUCCCCUGCCAAAGCUAAGAUCACUAACAAGACAGCUCUUACUAAUGGUGGUGGUCCAGUGAGCAAUUCCUACUUAACCAAUAAAGAGCUGAUGACAAUCCAGCAAAAUAUGUCAUUCGUCAACGAGGGCUAUUCCUGUCUGGGUGACACGCUGAAGCGUCGAUCCGCCGAACUGGGUGGAUCGGUGCGGGAGCUGAAGGAUGCCAAAAAGGAGACUGAACACAUGAUGACAUGGCUGGAGGACAUGAAAAAGACCGCAUCCUCUUGGAAGAAUGGUGCCACAGAGAAAGAUGCAGUGAAAACACAGCUUGAACAGCAGAAGGUGUUUGAAGACAGCAUGAAGCAGAAGAAAGAGCAGCUCCACAAGGUGAGGGAGAAGCUCACUGACUUGAUUGAAACUCAACCAAACUCACAGGAGGCAGAUAAAUGGAGGCAGAUGUUGGAAGAGAUAGAUGCUGCUUGGGCAGAUAUCAGUGGCUCGGUGUUGGAAAGGAAGCAGCACCUGGAGCAGUCCAACAAGAAUCUGGAUAUUGUCCAAAGCUCUCAAGUUCAGCUUGGCCAAUGGCUGUCAGAGAAGGAGCUGAUGAUGAGUGUCCUUGGACCGCUCUCAAUUGACCCCAACAUGCUUAAAAUGCAGAAGCAACAAGUCCAGAUCCUCCAGAAUGAAUUCAAGAGCCGCAAGCCUCAGUUCGAGCAACUCAAGGAAGCUGCCUCUGCCAUUUUAAACUCGUCGGAUAGCCAAGACCCUUCAAACGGUAAGCUGGUGAGAGAUCAGCUCGCUACAGUCACCGACAAAUGGCAAGGACUUAUCGGGCAGCUGGAUCAGCGAGACGGCCUCAUCGACCAAGCUGUGGUGAAGACGGGAAUGUUCCAAGAGCUACUGAGUACUCUUGGCCAGACAGCUGCUCAACUUGAAGAUCAGCUCGGCAGACAUCAGGCGAGUAGUACACAACCCGAUGCGGUGAAGAAGCAGCUGGAGGAUGUCCACAACAUCUCGCUUCAACUGAGAGAAGAGAAGCCGAAGCUGAAGCAGGCCGAAGCUGUUCAUGCAGAUCUUAAAGCGAUGGUGACUGAGGACUAUCUCAAAGCUGACUUAGACAGGCAGUUGGAGAGUGUCAGCAAACCUUUCAAACAGUUGGAAGAGAGAGCAGCCAAACAAAUUGAGCAGCUGAACUCAACAUUCGCUAGCUCUCAGCAGUUUCAUCAGACCUCUAAAGAUUUCCAGUCCUGGCUGGCUGAGAAGCUGCAGGAUCAGUCGAAGCCUCGGCCCAUCUCCGCCAAAGUGGAUGUUUUGCAAAAAACUCUGAAUGAGCAUCGUAACCUGCAGUCGGCGCUAAUCGAGCAGAACACUACUUACAGUACCAUAGCAGGGGAAGGAGAGACGCUUCUUCAGAGCACUGACGGUGCAGAAAAGUUGGCACUCCAAGGUCAGCUGUCUCUCCUCUCCUCUAACUGGCAGGAGGUGAAGAAGAACACCGAAGUGCAUGCUGACAAACUUAAGGCUGCUCUGCAGAGAGCUCAGAAGUUUGAGGAGCAUGUUGAGAAACUCAAAACUUGGGUGAAGGACUGUGAAACCAGUGAGGGUGGAGUCAAACUCACUCUUGACCUUGUUGCUGUGGAGAAUGCGGUAACUCAAGCGAAAGCCCUUCAGAAGGACGUGGAUAAGCACAGAGGGAUGGUGGAACAGAUGAACACUGCAGCAGAGAGCCUUCUAGAGUUGGCUGAUACUGACACAGAGGGAGUUAAAAAAGAGGCUGCUAGCAUCUCUGAAAGAGUGGACUGUGUUUUGGAAGGUCUUCAGAAUAAAAAAGAAUCCCUGGAGAAAAUCUCUUAUGCAAUUAAAGAAUUUAAUGAAGGCUCCAAAGAGGCCAAGACUCAUCUAGAAGGAGCUAAGACACUUCUAGAUUCUUAUGAUUCACAGGGAGUUCAUGCAUACAGCAAUAAGAACUUGACCAACAUGAAAGCCCAACAAAAGAGCCUGGAAGGAGUGCAAAACCAACUAGAACACCUUACGAGUUUAGCAAAGACUCUUGUAGUCGAUCUGCCAGAUGUUGAUGGAGUGACAGACCUCUUACUGCAAGUCGACAGCAUAGAAAAGGAAUACAGCGUCCUUAAUAAGAGGCUAGAGGAGAAAUGCCAGAACCUGGAAGGUAAAUUGCAGGGCAUCGGGCAGUUCCAAAAUAGUAUCCGUGAGAUGUUCACCCGCUUCACAGACCUGGAUGAUGAGUUGGACAGUAUGGCUCCUGUGGAUCUGGACUUGGUUGUUCUGAAGAAGCAACAGGAGAACAUUGACAGCUUUGUAGCACAACUGCAAGAGCUGAUGGUAAACACAGCCAAUGCAAAGGAUGGAUGUAAGAGGAUGCUUGAGACAGACUCGUCACCUGACCUCUUGGGCCUGAAGAGAGACCUGGAUGCGCUGAGCAAGCAGUGUGGCAAGCUGAUGGACCGGGCCAAAGGCAGGGAGGGGCAGGUACAGAGUACACUCAUCAAGCUUGAGGAGCUUUGUGGAAAACUACAUCGCUUGGAGGAUCAGCUUUCCAGAGCCGUGGACAAAGACGCGUCACAAGGAGCGGUCGGCAUGGAGACGGACAUCAUCAAUCAACAGCUGGAAGCCUUUAAGGCGUUCCAAAAGGAAGACAUCGAUCCAUUGCAGACACAACUCCAUGACAUCAACUCCCUCAGUCAAGGACUGAUCCAAAACGCUGCCCGAGGCACCAACACGAAGAAGCUUGAAGAUGACCUGGAGAAGAUUAACACAAAGUGGAACACGCUUAAUAAAAAGAUUGCUGAGCGCUCAGCCCAGCUGCAUGAAGCCCUGUUACAUUGUGGAAGGUUCCAUGAUGCUCUGGACUCUCUACUCAGCUGGUUGACCGACACAGAGGAGCUCAUGGCCAAUCAGAAGCCGCCUUCUGCUGAGUUCAAAGUGGUCAAGGCACAGAUACAAGAGCAGAAACUCUUACAGAGGCUGUUGGAUGACCGUAAGCCCACAGUGGAGUUGAUAAAAAAUGAGGGGGGGAAGGUUGUGGAACUGGCAGAGUCUGAGGAUAAGGAAAAGGUUGCAAAAGAGGUGCAAUCCCUUGGGCAGAGGUGGGACACUCUGCUCAAGAAAGCUGAGAACAGGCAUAAGCAACUGCAGAGCAUUUUGGUGGUCACUCAACAGUUCUACGAGACUCUCGAGCCUUUGAGUGACUGGCUCGCCAUAACAGAGAAGCGGCUCUCCAACUCAGAACCACUUGGCACAGAGACAUCAAAACUGGAAGAUCAGAUCUCCCAUCAUAAGGCCAUUGAAGAGGAGAUUAUGAAUCACAGUAAAGAGCUGUUUCAUGCCGUCAGUCUGGGUCAGAUGCUCAAAGCUGUGAGCUCAGUUGAUGACAAGGACUUUGUUCAGUCCAAGCUGGACGCUACGCAGGGUUCUUACUUUGAGCUGCAGGAGCGCUGCAGGAGAAAAGCUGAGAUGCUGCAGCAGGCCCUGGCUAAUGCCCACCUAUUUGGAGAGGACGAGGUGGCGCUCAUGAACUGGCUCAGUGAGGCACACACGCGAUUGAGUGAAGUAUCUGUGGAGGACUACGUAGUAGACACUCUUGAAAAGCAGAUGGCUGAACAACUGGCCCUACAAAGUGAUAUUGAAUUGAGGAAGAAGAAUGUCGACCAAGCCCUCUUCAAUGGGAUGGAACUAUUAAAGCAAACAACAGGUGAUGAGGUUGUUGUUAUCCAAGGGAAAUUGGAUGGUAUAAAAACAAAGUACGCUGAGAUCACCUCCAUGAGUGACAAUGUUUUGAACACAUUAGAACGUGUUUUGAGUCUCUCCACAAAGCUGCACCAUACACAUGAGGAUUUGAGUUUAUGGCUAGAAAAGGCAGAGGCUCAGAUCAGUUCUUAUAUGGAUGAGCAGCCAAUCGAUGAGCAACUCACUCAAGCCCAAAACAUGCAAAAGACUUUGCUAAAGGAGACAAAAGACCGAAAGGCUGUAGUGGACAAGCUGAAUGAGUUGAGUUCCUCCCUCUUGGAUCUCAUCCCUUGGCACACUCGAGAAGGUCUUGACAAGCUAGUGACAGAAGACAAUGAGCGAUACAGAGCUAUCUGUGACAGCGUCGCUCAGCAGGUCGACCGGAUCAACGCCGACAUUCUUAAGUCACAGCAGUUUGAAGAAGCAGUAGAAUCUGAACUAGCAUGGCUCAAGAAUGCUGAGAAUAAGCUGCUGUCCAUGGGAGAGAUCAAACUGGGGCAUGACCAAACUGCAGUCCAACUACAAGCACAUAAGGUCUUUUCUAUGGACAUAAUGAGACACAAAGACUCUGUUGAUGCAAUAGUUAAAAAAGGAAAAGCCAUCAUGAGCAGCAAAAAGCCAGAGGAAAAAGAACUAUUAAAGGCCAAGACCCAGACUCUGGUCGAGAAGUAUGGUGCGGUGAGUCAGCUGAACUCGGAGCGCUCUCUCCAGCUGGAACGAGCCCAGUCUCUCGCGAGCCAGUUCUGGGAAACCUAUGAAGAGUUGUCACCAUGGCUUCAGGAAACCCUGAAGAUCUUUAAGCAGCUGCCCCCACCUGCCAUCGAGUAUGAUGCGCUCAGGCAGCAACAAGAGGAGCUCCGGCAAAUGCGAGAGCUGAUUGCCGAGCACAAACCACACAUUGACAAGAUGAAUAAGACCGGACCUCAGUUAUUGGAACUGAGCCCAAAGGAAGGGCUGCCCAUCAGAGAGAAGUACACAAAAUCCGAGCAGCUAUACACCAAACUGAAGGCUGAUGUCAAACAAAGAGCUGCUGAGUUGGAUGAGGCCAUCUCUAAAUCCACUCAGUUCCAUGAUAAAAUCGCCCCAAUGCUGGAAUCCCUUGAGCGGAUAGCUGAACGCCUGCGUCAGCCUCCCUCCAUUUCAGUGGAGGUGGACAAAAUCAAGGAGCAGAUAACAGAAAAUAAAUGUGUCAGCGUGGAUUUGGAAAAACUGCAGCCUUCCUAUGAGACCCUGAAGCAGCGAGGAGAAGAAAUGGUUGCGCGAUCAGAAGACAGAGAAUUAUCUGCCAAAGCUGUACAAGACAAACUGGAUCACAUGGUGUUCCUGUGGACCGAUAUCCAAGUCUUGCUGGAAGAGCGAGAGGCUAAGCUAUUAGAUGUGAUGGACCUCGCUGAAAGGUUCUGGUGCGAUCACUGCGCACUGAUUGUCACCAUUAAAGACAGUCAGGACCUCCUAAGGGAGCUAGAGGAGCCUGGAGUGGAUCCUUCAGUUGUCAAACAACAACAGGAGUUUGUGGAGGGUUUUAAAGAGGAGAUUGACGGGUUUCAAGAGGAGCUGGAUUCAGUUCGAAACCAAGGUUCUGAGCUCAUGACAGCCUGCGGAGAACCUGACAAACCAGUGAUAAAGAAAAGCAUUGACGAGGUGAACUCUGCAUGGGAAAAUCUCAAUAAGACUUGGAAAGAACGAGUUGAGAGGCUGGAAGAGGCCAUGCAGGAUGCAGUGCAAUUCCAGGAUGGCCUGCAGGGUAUGUUUGAUUGGGUGGAUAUCCUGGAGAGCAAACUGGACUCCAUGUCACCUGUGGGCACCGAUCUAGAAACUGUCAAGCAGCAAAUUGUUGAGCUGAAGGAGUACAAAGUUGAAGCGUACCAGCUGCAGAUAGAAAUGGAGCGCCUGAACCACCAGGCGGGCCUCCUGCUGAAAAAGGUAACCGAUGAGACUGACCGAUGCGCCAUCCAGGAGCCGAUGUACGAGCUCAAGAUGCUGUGGGAAAACCUGGAUGAGAAGAUCAUCAGCCGACAGCACAAACUUGAGGGAGGUCUAUUGGCACUGGGACAGUUCCAGCAUGCGCUGGAUGAGCUGCUGGCCUGGAUGAGCCACACUGAGGAGAUGCUCAAUGAGCAGAGAAAGGCAGGAGGAGACCCUAAAGCCAUUGAGAUUGAGCUGGCCAAACAUCAUGUCCUUCAGAUUGACGUUUUGGCUCACAAAUCAACAGUUGAGACAGUGAACAAAGCAGGCAAUGAUCUUGUGCAAUCUAGUGCUGGAGAGGAAGCCUCUUGCCUAAAGAGCAAACUGGAGAACCUAAACCAGCGCUGGAAAGCCAUUCUGGAGAGGACAGAGCAGAGGAAGCAGCAGUUGGAAAGUGCUCUGCUCCAGGCCCAGGGUUUCCAUGGUGAGGUGGAAGAUAUGCUGCAAUGGCUGAAAGACACAGAACGUCAGCUGUUGGCAUCAAAGGCUGUGGGAGGCUUACCAGACACAGCCCGCGAGCAGCUUAACGCCCAUCUGGAGUUGUGUUCUGCCUUGGAGGUGAAGGAGGAGCUGUACCAGGAGUUGAUGACCAAAGGUCAACAGCUGCUCUCUAUUACACCGGAAGGCAACACAGAGCAGGACCUUGCAAACCUGAAGGAAAAAUGGGAUGUGACACAAGCCAAAGUUGCUGAUCGGAAGGUGAAACUGGAAGAGGCUUUGACGUUGGCCACAGAUUUCCAUAACUCUCUGCAGGACUUCAUCAACUGGCUGACCCAAGCAGAGCAAACGCUGAACAUGGUGUCACCUGCCUCCCUGAUUCUUGAAACCAUUCUAUUUCAAAUCGAUGAGCACAAGAUGUUUGUGACUGAGGUCAACUCUCACAGGGAUGACAUCAUCGAGCUGGACAAGACAGGCACACAUCUGAAGUACUUCAGCCAGAAGCAGGAUGUUGUUCUGAUCAAGAACCUACUCCUCAGUGUACAAGGCCGCUGGGAGAAGCUGGUGCAGCGAUCUGUGGAACGUGGUCGUGUGUUGGACGAUGCGAGAAAGAGAGCAAAACAGUUCCAUGAAAACUGGAGUAAAUUGAUGGAGUGGUUGGAUGAAUCUGAGAAGACACUGGACUCGGAAGUGGAAAUUGCCAAUGAGCCGGACAAGAUCAAGAAGCAGCUGUCGCAACACAAGGAGUUCCAGAAGUCUUUGGGAAGCAAGCACUCCGUGUAUGAUACGACUUCGCGAACUGGUCGAGCCCUCAAGGACAAAACCUCACUUCAGGAUGAUAAUCAAAAACUGGACGACAUGCUGAGUGAACUGAGAGACAAAUGGGACACCGUUUGUGGGAAGUCCAUAGAGAGGCAAAACAAACUAGAGGAGGCGCUGCUGUUCUCUGGCCAGUUCAAAGAUGCUCUGCAGGCUCUCAUUGACUGGCUGUACAAGGUUGAGCCUCAGAUGGCUGAAGACCAGCCAGUUCACGGCGAUAUUGACCUCAUUUUGAACCUGAUAGACAACCACAAGGUCUUCCAGAAGGAGCUGGGAAAGAAGACUGUCAGCGUCCAGGCACUCAAACGCUCAGCCAGGGAGCUGAUUGACAGCAGUCACGACGACUCUUCUUGGGUUAAAGUACAGAUGCAGGAGCUGAGCACACGGUGGGAGACGGUGUGCAACCUCUCAGUGUCCAAGCAGGCGCGUCUAGAGCAGGCCCUGUGCCAAGCUGAGGAGUUUCACUCCACAGUUCACAUUUUGCUAGAGUGGCUGGCCGAGGCUGAGCAGAGUUUGCGUUUCCAUGGCAGCUUACCUGAUGAUGAAGAGGCUCUACGUGCACUCAUUGACCAGCACAAGGAGUUUAUGAGGAAACUAGAAGAAAAGCGAGUUGCUCUGAAUAAAGCCAUUAGCCUGGGUGAGGCUAUUCUGAGCAUAUGCCAUCCUGACUCUAUUACAACAAUCAAACACUGGAAUACGAUCAUUAAAGCCCGGUUUGAAGAGGUGCAAGCCUGGGCCAGGCAGCACCAGCAGCGACUGGCCACAGCUCUCAGUGAGUCCUUAGCCACUCAGGACUUGCUGGAGAACCUCCUGACUUGGCUGCAAUGGGCCGAGUCGAACCUGAGUGACAAAGACAAAGAACCUCUCCCGCAGGAGAUCCAAGAGGUGAAAAAUCUCAUCGCAGAACACCAGGCUUUCAUGGAGGAAAUGACCAGAAAGCAACCAGAUGUUGACAAAAUCACAAAGACACACAAAAGAAAGGCUGCUUUGGAGCCUCAGAUCCACUCUCAAAUCCCCGUGCUGGACAAAGGACGAGCUGGAAGAAAACGUUCUCCCACACAAACCAUGUAUGCAUCAGCGACACAAGCACCCAUCGAAACAAAAAACCCACGAGUUAACCUGCUGGUCAGUAAAUGGCAGCAUGUGUGGUUGCUGGCUCUGGACAGGAGGAGGAAACUCAACGAUGCUUUGGACAGAUUGGAGGAGUUGAAAGAAUUCGCCAACUUUGACUUUGAUGUGUGGCGGAAGCGCUACAUGCGUUGGAUGAACCACAAAAAGUCUCGCGUCAUGGACUUCUUCCGACGCAUCGAUAAAGAUCAGGAUGGCAAAGUAACAAGACAAGAGUUCAUCGAGGGUAUCCUGUCCUCUAAAUUCCCGACUAGUCGACUAGAGAUGAGCGCCGUGGCUGAUAUAUUUGACCGGGACGGUGACGGCUACAUCGACUACUACGAGUUUGUGGCGGCGCUUCACCCCAACAAGGAUGCCUACAAACCUCUGACAGAUGCUGACAAGAUUGAAGAUGAGGUGACACGCCAAGUCGCCAAAUGCAAAUGUCCCAAGCGAUUCCAGGUGGAGCAAAUUGGUGCCAACAAGUACAGGUUUUACCUUGGAAACCAGUUCGGAGAUUCCCAGCAGCUUCGCCUAGUACGCAUCUUGCGCAGCACCGUGAUGGUGCGUGUGGGUGGAGGCUGGAUGGCGCUGGACGAGUUCCUGGUGAAGAACGACCCCUGUCGAGCCAAAGGCAGGACCAACAUGGAGCUACGAGAGAAAUUUAUGGUCCCCGAAGGCACCACGCAAGUUAUGGCAAGCUUCCGUUACCGGGGACGACGCUCUCGGCCCUCCUCGCCUAACAGGUCAAUGUCCAGCCAAAGCUGUGUCAUCCCGUCCAACCCGGCAGUAAACAGCACACCGAAGACAUGCCAACACAUAAGCCGCAAUUAUGAUAAGCCAUGGCUUACAAACAGCAAACCCUCCACUCCAAUUAAAUCAUCCGACUCCUUCGGGAGCCCAGGUUCAUCCGCAGAGACGACACCAGUUCAAGGCAGCAAGUUGCGUCUUCCUGGCUACUUGUCGGGAAAAGGAUUUCAGUCUAGCGACGACGGAACGUUGAUCAAUGCUGCCAUUCUCAAAGCUCGCGGGCAGACGCUAGGUGAAUCCAGGAAAAGCUCGAGCCGACCCGGAAGCAAAGCAGGAAGCAGAGGCAGCAGUCGUAGAGGCAGCGAUGCCUCUGACUUUGACAUCUCAGACAUCCAGUCGGUGUGUUCGGAUGCGUCGGAGACAGUCGGGGAUGGCCCGCGGACCAUGCCGCGCUCACUGGCCCGCCAUCAUGGAGGGAAACCCUCCAAGAUUCCCACACCGCAGAGAAAAAGCACUUCCACGAGCAAACUUGCCAAGGGAUCCAAGCGAUAGUCAGCGGCCUUGAGAGCAAAUUCAUGCCCCCAACACUGGAAUUAUCUAAGUGAAGACUGCAAAUGUGCUGAGUGUUAUUUAAAUUGUUGCUGAGUUGUAAAAUAUUCCUUUUGAGAGGCCAUUUGAUCGAAUAGUACGUGUGAAUGGGAUGUUGAUGGCCUUGUGUAUUUGUUUUUAAUGUAUUUUAUUUUUUGUGAAAAUGUGAAAUGUUUUUAUUGUAUUUUAUUUGAUUGAACCCGUCAAGGUUUGUUGGUCUCUUGGAAAUGGCGCUCAAGAGAAGUUACUGAAUGUACUUUUGUCAUGUAUGUGCGCUGGACAUUGGAGUAGCAUCGUGCCACCAUGUGUGUGUAUGUGUGUGUGGCACCGCAAAUAUUUAUUUAUAAGUGCUAAUAAUGUAUUUUCAAGGGCAAUGCAAUAUAACUACGGUAAGCACUGCAGAAACCUUUAACAACACUAUUACAAGUAGCAGAAACCUUGCAGUCACAAAGUCCUCCGUUUGCAGACCACUUCGCAGCAACAUGUGAACUCCUUCACGUUAAUAAUAUCUCUGUAGGCACGCCGCUUCAUUUCAGUUGUUACUGUAAUCUUAUUACUUUGUAAUAAACCUGCUUGCACCAAGCUGCCAGAAACUCACGUAGACCUGCUGACCAUUGUGUCUUUAUUCAUGUUGCCAUCAUUCCUCAUGUUAUACUCACCCAUAAUGUUCAAAAGUUGAGUUUUUACCAUAGGUGGAGUUUGACUUUUGUGGGAGGGGGGCAAAACAUGUUGAUGACACCAAAACACAGUGUCAGCAAUAAAAUAAGUUACCAUGUAUACUAGUAUAUUGUGUUCAAUCAUCAGUUAAAGCUCAGUUUUUGUUGAAGCUUUUGAAAGCUUAGGUUUAAAGAAAUUCUAAAUAUCCCACCUCCUCAGGUCUAGUUUUGGCUCAGCAAAUCAAAGAACCGUCUCUAAAGUACUUGUUACAUGACGUGUUCGAAAAAGAAUUUUGACCCGUUAUAAAAUACUUUGUAGGAUUCACGUUCAUUUCAUUCAUUUUUGUUGUUUUAUUGCUUUACAUCUUAGGUCUUUAUUUUAAAGGGGAAGUUCAGAAUUUUUGACAUCAGGCUUAAUCAUUGAGUUAGUGGGGGUUUAAAUAGUCAGUGGAGUUGAUUUCAUCAAAUUCCGUGCAGUGUGUCAGCUAUUUCUUAGUUUCAGGGCUCCGGAGUGGCUACGCUAGCGUGAGUCAAUGGUGUCUGCUUAGCAUUUCAGUAAAAAAUGAUACUAACUUGGUCUGAAAUUAACAAUUAUUUUUAAAUAAUCAAUUAAUGGGACGAUUAAUUCAAUCAUUAAUUGAUUAAUCAGAUGAAUGUCACUUUUUUCGAUUGCCAUCACAAUUCGACUAGAAGUUGUUUAUGGCAUGCUCAUUUACAAAAAAAGCUGCUGAUUAACAUUUUUUUCCUUGUGAGCAAAGCACUAAUAUUAAUUGUGUUAAUGACUCAUUUAUUUUCAUCAAACAAAAUCGAGUAAGGAGGAGGCAAAUGAAUGAAUGUUUUCUUUAUCAAACAGUUGUUCAUAAAUUUCAAUCCAAUUCAAAGCACACCCAUAUGACAAUUUACAGUUUGAGUUUGAAAGGAGACUAAGAUUUUAUGUGAAUGGAUUUAUGGGUAUUUUUUCAUUAUAAAAAGAAAUGAGACAAUUUUACUAUAACUCAAGUGCGAACAUGCUUCUUCAAAAAAACACAAAUGGUCACUUAAGCCACUAAAUAACAUAAUCGCUAACUAGUUUGCAAUGUUCUCAGUAGUAAUUUACGUUUAAUCAACAAAGAAUAUAAACAAUACAAUUGGCUUCAUUUACUCACGUCUGACGGAAGCGCACUGGACCUAACAACACAAAAGACAAUCUAACUCUCGGCACUUCGUAAUAUUAUUGAUUCAGCAACCCAGCCUGAGUGUAGCAGUGAAUUCUUUCUCUCCUGCUGUAAUCACUAGCGUGCAGCCUCACAUUACACACAAACAAGGACCCAAACGGGACUGCUCAUAGCUGCCGGCUAAAAUUGA